AAAUUGAAAAUUCAAAUCCCGUCUCUUGUGGCGUAUAGCAUCAUCAUCGUACAGAAUACGCCUCGAACCUUCUAUAGCCGUCGGAACAAUAGUAACUCAGUAUAAUUCAGGCGCCGAUGACUCUCCGGUCAGUUCAAUCCCGAAGUAAGCGGAAGCCGAUUGGAGUAUACGAUUACACCGACGAGGAUGAACGUGUUGAAGAGAUGUCGAAGAAACUCCUUCGACGAUACGAUUCCCCUGUUACUAAGACCUCCUCCGCCAUCGAUAAGUAUGACUUCCUCCGAUGCUUUGCGGAGAACCCCCAAAGCGAGAGUAAAGAACUGGACCACGUUGUUAUUGAUGUUGAAGUCCCAGCAAAAGAAGAACCGUCAAGAUGUGAGCUCCGCGGAGAUGGAACUGGUGACCUGAUUGAUGUAAUCUCCAAUGGCUCCCAGGAAAGGAUUGGAAUCGAUUCAUCAACUUCAUCAUCUCUCUCAGAUAAUGAUGAAGCCUCAACUGGAGAAGCCACAAAUCCUACUUCUGAUCCGCAUGAAGUUGAUCCCGAGAAUGCACAACUUCUUAUUACCCCUGAUGUUAUUAUAUAUGGAGAUAUAUACUGUACAAACUCGAAGUUAACAUUUUCACGCAGCUGUAUGAAUGUUGAAAGUUCAUCAGUAAAUGCAACUAAAGGGACCUUUAGUUGUCAGUGGAGAAUAGAAGAUAUCAUCAAAAUUGAGUCUCAGUGGUGUUUGGAGGUUGAGACUGCUUUUGUCAACGUCCUUCUGAAGUCCAAGGAGCCAGAAGGAGUUGACAGUGCGGAAGAGAUUUCAGGAAUUGAUCUCCUAAAAUUUUCCGUUUAUGACCCUAGAUGGUCUGAAGAAGUAGAAAUCAUCAAAUUGCUGGACUCGAAAUACAAGGAUAUUUGGUUUGACACCAUAACGGAAAGCGAGGAAAGUGCUUGUACUGGACAGAAUUUGGGAACUUCACUCUCUAAUCUCGCUGAUUCAUUUGAAGAUCUAGUCUACCCUAAAGGAGAGCCAGAUGCUGUAGUAGUUAGGAAGCAAGACAUUGAGCUUCUCAAGCCAAGACGUUUCAUCAACGAUACAAUAAUUGAUUUUUACAUCAAGUACCUUAAGAAUCGAAUUCCGCCGCAGGAAAGGGGCAGAUUCCACUUUUUCAACUGUUUCUUUUUCCGUAAGCUGGCUAAUUUAGACAAAGGUUCACCUAGCUCGUUUGGAGGUAGGGAAGCAUACCAACGUGUUCAGAAGUGGACUAAGAAUGUGGAUAUUUUUGAAAAAGAUUAUAUAUUUAUUCCUAUAAACUUCAGUUUUCAUUGGAGUCUGAUUAUCAUCUGUCAUCCCGGUGAAUUGGCUUCUUCUGAUGUCGAAAACCCACAAAGGGUUCCCUGCAUCUUGCAUCUGGACUCGAUUAAAGGAAGCCACAAAGGUGGUCUCAUAAAUAUUUUUCCGAGUUACCUACGUGAAGAGUGGAAAGCGAGGCAUGGAAAUACAACUAUUGAUUUCUCAGGAGCUCCAAAUAUGCAGUCCAUCUCACUUGAGCUCCCGCAGCAACAGAAUUCGUUUGACUGUGGCCUAUUUUUGCUCCACUAUCUGGAUCUUUUUGUGGCUCAAGCUCCUGCUAAAUUCAAUCCAUCCCUUAUCACAAGAUCAGCAAAUUUUCUAAAUAGGAAUUGGUUUCCCACAAGAGAAGCUUCACUUAAGCGUAAAUUCAUCUUAGAAUUGCUUUACAAUCUCCACAAAGGUCAUGAUCCAAGUAUUCUUCCAGCGAAUUCCAAAAGUGAACCUCCUCAUUGUGAAGUUUCCAACAAGAACGAUCAAGCAAAUGAAAGCAAGAAUGUGAUCGAGAGCUGUAACUGGAGAAACCCAUUUGAUGGUUCCUCAUCAACCGUUACAGACGUUCCCCAAACAAAGACUUGCUCGCCAGUUCUGAUUCUUAGCAAAGAAACUUUUUACACAGGAGGAUAUGACCCUCAGUCUUCUAAGCUCCGAAAGGUCUUUAUGUCGCCUAUAGUGGAAGAAGUUCAAGAAAGUGGUGAGAAAACACCCAAUUUGGCAAUGGACAUACAAGAAUCUAUUGAUCACGAGAUAGAUACAUUACGAAAAGAGGAAUGCAUGCUUUAUAUCGAGGACAGUGAAGAUGAAGAAACUGUUUCAGUAGAAUAUGUCUCUGAUUCUCAAGAUUCAGAAGAAGAUGAUGAUGAUGAGCUUAGAGUGACUGGAGAAUCCUCAGGGAUUCAUAGAAGCAGAGAAAUCAAGUCUGAUUCAGCAUCCGUCGAAAAUGGUGUGAACGAGAGUAAAAAUUCAACUGCUGUUUCUUGUUAUAGUAACAUUCUUCUUGUGUUGUCUGAUGAUGAGAGAAGCUCAGACGAUGAAAACUUCUUAGUCACAAGUUCAAAUGUGAUGGCUAAGAAGCCAAAAACUUGAUACAGUAUAUCGAUGAAGAUGAAUAUCGCCAAUCUUAUGCAAUUACUAGUUCUCCAA